GGAGGAUUGAGAGGCAGAUAUAGCUGGAAGAUAAGCUAAAGGACUUGGUGGGAGAAGGAGACAAUGGGUAGCUCUAGUUUCUGAGCGGAUAACAGAUCAUGGGGAUGAAUGAAAGACCCUAUCCUUGUAAUUACUGAGUUCUGUCCAUUUGGGGACUUGCUGAAUUUCCUGAGAGAAAAAGCUGAGCAUCUCAUAAUCGAGGGUCUAAACUUGGAAUCCACUCUUGAUAGCAUGAUGGCCGAUUACAAAAACAUCUACCUUGGAAAAAAGCAUCAGACACAAAAAAAUGCACAACUGAAGGAUUAGCAGCCUUCAUUGCCUCAUUCUUCGUUUUCCACUAAGAAAGAUUCCCUGGACCAGGACACUGGCAUUAUUCUCCUAUAGCACAGCACAACUGAUUUGUGCUGGAUGGAUACCUUCAUUCCAGAGCAAAUGGCCCCUCUUUUGGUUCUGAUAGCAACAGCUAUCUGUCAAGGCUUGGCUUCUCCCACCAUCUACCCUAAUCUUGACAUUCUGAGAGUGAAGCUAGGAGACUCAGUCAACUUACUUUGCUCAGGGAAAUUACCUGUUGAGUGGAUCGGUAUCCAGAAUGGGUCCACUGUGAUCCUGUAUGACAAUGGCACCCUCUACAUGCCAAAGGCUAGUUGCAACCAGAUGGGAAACUACCAGUGUGCUUAUAUCAACAAGCCAGAAGAGGGGAUUAGAACUAUAUAUGUGGCUGUGACAGAUCCUGACUCUGUGUGGUGUGGCCUUCAGAAUGCAUAUUUUUCUGUGGAAAAUGGCAGGGAUGCCUUGCUUCCGUGCCUGAUUGCCGACCCAAGCUUCACAGGCAACAUGACCCUCCUUAAAGACGCUUCUCCAGUUGACUCAGAAGUCUCAUUCAGUCCUAAGGAAGGAAUAUGGAUUCACAAAGUAGACCUGAGUGAUAAAGGGUCCUAUGAGUGUAAAGCCCAGGUUCAAGGACAGUGGGUGAUUUCACCCAGACUUAUCCUUUCUAUUUAUGACAACCUUCAGCCUUUAACAGUUACUAUUAAAGGAAUAAUGGACCAAGUGCGGUUACAAGGAGAACCUUUCAACAUUUCCUGCAGAGUACAAUAUCACUCUCCUCAAUAUGAUGGCACAUGGAUCUAUCCCCCUACUGCAAACGCCAGCACGACUAUAAUGGAAAUCGAUACUGGAUUAGCUAAGUCAUACACAACUGAUUUUACCCUAUUCAUUCCAGCGGUGCAGUUACAAGACAGUGGAAAAUAUACUUGUCUUGGGCAAAUUUCACAAACGAUUGUAAAUGCUUCGGUUACUCUCCAGGUACUAGAGAAAGGAUAUCUGCGUUUGUCCACAUUACAGAACAGAACUCAGGAGACAAACAUGCAUCAAAACCUGAACCUUCAUGUGCUCAUUGACGCGUAUCCUAGACCUUCAACGUAUAGAUGGAUACAUGUAAACCCAUCAGGAAAGUCCACAAACACGGGCCACAUGAUUUUUGGUCAUCAAAGACACAACAAUACCCUCAGGCUGAAUUGGAUGGAGGAAAAAAACAGUGGCGAAUAUAUAUUUUUUGCAGACAACGGGGAAGCCAAUGCAUCCAUUCAUUUUUACAUCUCUGUGAAAACUACACCAAAAAUUACAGCAUUGACCAACAUUUCCAGUGGUCUCCAAUGUGAAGUAACUGGCUAUCCUCCUCCACAUAUUCAGUGGUACAAAUUGCCCCCCAACAUUCAUAGAUGUGGUCAACAUGGGAUUCUGAUUUUGAAUGAUUCCAGUCCAGAGAUCAUGAGUAAAAUUCCCUUUGUAAAAGUGUCAUUGAAGAGUGUCCUUAAGAUGGAGAUGGAGGACAGUAUGAUCAUUUGCUGUUUCGCAGUUAAUAGUGCUGGAAAUGACUCCCGUCCCCUUACAUUUUAUGUUGAUAAAGUUACUGGAAAUGAAAAUGAAACCCCCACACUACUUAUUGCAAUCUUUGGAGGGGUGAUGGGUUUUCUUCUUCUGUGUAUCGUCGUCUUAAUCUAUAAAUAUAAGCAGAAACCAAAAUAUCAAGUCCACUGGAAGAUUAUUGAAGCCUGUGAAGGAAACAAUUACACCUUUAUUGACCCCACCCAGCUUCCUUACAAUGAGAAAUGGGAAUUUCCUAGAAACAACCUGCAAUUUGGAAAAGUCCUUGGAGCUGGAGCUUUUGGGAAGGUGAUUGAAGCUACAGCUUUUGGGCUGGGAAAGGAGGAUUCUGUCUUGAAAGUGGCAGUGAAAAUGCUGAAAUCAACUGCACAUACAGAUGAGCAAGAAGCUCUUAUGUCUGAGCUGAAAAUCAUGAGCCAUUUGGGUCACCAUGAGAAUAUUGUCAAUCUUCUAGGAGCAUGUACUCAUGGAGGCCCUGUCCUUGUAAUUACUGAGUUCUGUCCAUUUGGGGACUUGCUGAAUUUCCUGAGAGAAAAAGCUGAGCAUCUCAUAAUCGAGGGUCUAAACUUGGAAUCCACUCUUGAUAGCAUGAUGGCCGAUUACAAAAACAUCUACCUUGGAAAAAAGUAUGUCCAAAGAAGCGAUAGUGGAUUUGGAUGCCAAAGUGUUGACAGUUACUUGGAAAUGAAAUCGGUCACCACAUCAGUGCCUAUGCCAGCACAAGGAAGAAGUUUGGUAUCAGCUGAAGGAAAAGAAGACCCACGUUCUCUUGAUCUCUUUGACUUGCUGCAGUUCUCCAACCAAGUAGCUCAGGGAAUGACUUUCCUGGCUUCCAAAAAUUGCAUCCAUCGAGAUUUGGCAGCACGGAAUGUGCUAGUGGCUGAUGGACUAGUGGCCAAGAUCUGUGACUUCGGCCUGGCCAGGGAUAUUGUGAACGACAGCAAUUAUGUUGUCAAAGGCAAUGCUCGCCUCCCAGUGAAAUGGAUGGCACCGGAGAGCAUCUUUGAAUGUGUCUACACAGGACAGAGCGAUGUGUGGUCUUAUGGCAUCCUUCUCUGGGAAAUAUUCUCCCUAGGAAGAAGUCCCUAUCCUGGCAUGAAAGUGAAUUACAAAUUUUAUAGCCUUGUGAAACAAGGAUAUCAUAUGGGGAAGCCAGAUUUUGCUCCAGAUGAUAUGUACAACAUAAUGAUGGCAUGCUGGAAAUUGGAGCCCACUCAGCGGCCUACUUUCAGUCAGAUCUGCACCUUAAUUCAGAAACAGCUGGAUGCUCUUAAGGAACAGGAUUAUACAAACUUACCCUGCCCCAGAGAGGAAGAAGACAGUGGAUGUGAGCCCGCCAGCUACUUUGAAGAAUCCUGUGAGUCGGGAGAAGUGGAGCAACCCCUCCUGAACAGCAACAAUUAUCAGUUUUGUUAGGGUGUGUUCUGGACCUUCUCUGGAUGAUGAAAUACCAUCUGAGAUUGGACUUGGAUUUCAUGCAACCGCAUCCCUUUUUGAGGCUUUUACAUCAUAAAACAAGACAGCCAUACGUAAGUCACAGACUGGGGUCGUGCCUUGCAAUGAUAGCAAAUUUCUAAAUUCUCCAUUCUACCUGAUUGUGACUACUGGCAGGAGGGCUUUAUCGCUCCUGAUAGUUUAAGGGAGGCUAUAUUGGACAUUGGAGAAUUGGUGCAUCAAAUUUGCAGAAUGGGAGAGACUGUUAAGCGCAAUCGCAGAGAACAAGGCUUAACAAGGCAGACGGACUAAUUUUCUUCUCUAUAUACACCUUCCUUCUACAAACUAUCAAACCUAUAAAAUAUGUGAGAGGGAAAAGAGAUUAGCCAAAUUUUGAACUAGAUGGGGGUUUUGCAGAGAAAGAACAGGGAACAGAAAGAAGCAGAGGCAUUCCCAUUGUAACCUGCCAUUCUACAGUCAUAUCCUGUAGCUUAGGUGAGCAGACUAAGAUCCACAGCAGAUAAACCAAACCAAAAGAGGACAUCACUGAAAGAGAUGUGGCCUUUGGCAGUAGGCAGUAGGAGGGAUGGUUAAAGAUAAGGAUGGUUAUGGGAAGAUUCCUCGAGACAAACUGCAUUCAUCUCAUCCUUGAAACAACCUCCAAACCUGGAAAAAUAACCAAAAUUGUAUCAUUGUGCCACUGAGUUUUGGCACAGGUUGAAGGGAAUGGGCCAAAAGUUGUCCAUCCAUCAUAGAGAGGAAAAUUGCUGGAUCUGUAAGAAAGAAAAUAAAUCUAAUUCUCCUAAAAUUAAAAAAAGAAAUCUUCAAAAGUUUUUUUAAAUUAUAGGAGAAUUAGAUUUAGGAGAAUUGGAUUUAUUUUUCAAGAAGUAGCAACUCUAUUUUCCUCUCAUUUGGCGUUACCAUUUCAGAACAUGUGAAUUACUUGGCAUUAAUUGUUUUGCUAUUUGAAAAUUAUUACUGAAAGAAGGGAAUAUAAGCUACUCAUUGUCCCUCUGUAUUGAAUUGGCAUAAAACCCCCAAUAAAUAAAUUACGGUGAUUUUCAAUAAAGACCAGUCUAUUAGCUAAGAUUAGAUUUAGGUGAAUAGAAUAGAAUAGAAUAGAAUAGAAUAGAAUAGAAUAGAAUAGAAUAGAAUAGAAUCUGGAAGGGACCUUGGAGGUCUUCUAGUCGAGCCCCCUGCUCAAGCAGAACUUAUACCAUCUCAGACAGGUGAUUGGCUAGUCUCUUUCUAAAAAUCUCUAGUGAUGGAGUGCCCCCAUAUCUUCACUUAUUACUAAUGAAUACGGUACUUUAUAAUAUAAUCUUACAGAGGGUUAUUUCAAAUCAAAGACUAUUAAAUGAAAUCAAACUUAUUUCCAAAUGAAUGUAUUAAGAUUGUUGCCUUUAAAUUUACUGAUUUUCAAUGUUUAUGUGUUAGAUGGGCAUAAAGAAUAAGUGCAAAUCACUUUGGGGCACAUCUUUUUGAUUCUGAAAGAAAAAAAACCCAUGUGAUUGGGAAUGGGAUGAAAUCUCAGACAUGCAAGAUAGCUAGUUUAUUUUAAAUAGAUGUAAUUUGUCCUUCAGAAAUGCAGAUUUUGUUCCUGUGUCUGUUAAGAACAUUUUGAUCAAUGUUACAAAGACAAAAUAAGGUACCACACCUGACUGCCAUCAUCUCCAACUUGAUCUUGGCUGGAUUUAGGCUUCCUCUCAUCCUUGACGUCAAAUGUCAUUUUAGAAAUGAAUUAUGUGAAAAGAAAUGGAGGGAGAUAGGAGAGAGGUCAUUACUAUUGUUUUGGCUGUGGCUUUGUCCACGAUUAAUUUCUAGCCUGUACAAGAGUUAACUUUUCUUGUGAGUUAGCAGUCCUUCUUGAUUAAAAAGGCAUUGUUGUUUCCAGAUUAGAAAAACCAUACCAAGAAUUUGGUGAGGUAGAAUUAAUAUUGUUAAUCUGUCUAAUCUACUUUUUGGGAUUACCCAUAGCUAGUAUGCAAAAUAGCUAUUAUUCUAUUGAAUGAAUCAUGUGCAAUGCCAUGAUUAUAUUGUUGAGUGCAAGGCAAGGACUUAUUAUUCAGUAGAGCUUAUUGUUCCUCGCUAUACUAUUAUCUCAUUUUUCACUCUUUUGACUAGCCUAAACCUCAUAACAGAGACAACUACAUCUGCAACAAUAGGAGGCACUGAAUUUAAAAGGUAUAUUUGAAAGUAUUGUUGCAGCUCAGAUCAUCUAAGAAGCCUCUAACAUCAGAAUAAAGUUCUGGAAAAUUCUGAAAUUAAGCUAGAAUUGUACAUCUGCGUUAAGCUCUAGAAUAAUUGGUAAAAUGGAAACUCUACUGUUCCUCUAGUUUCCAUUUUAUCAAUUAUUCUAGAGCUUCAUGCAUAUGUUACAAUACUAGUUUAAUUUGACAACUAGCUUACUCUGGAAAAUAUUAUCCAUAUUAUCUUGAUGGGCAGUUUAUCUGAUGGGAAGAUGAUGCCACUCAGUCUUCCCACCAGGUGCAAGGAGAAUCAAAUUGUUCACAUACUACUAAAUUAGAGUAAUGUGAGUGCUGUAAAAGAAAGAGUAGUACUACCUGAAAUUGUAGCUAAGUGAAACUAUAGAACUGUAGAACUGAACACUUUUGAGUUAAGAGGAUGCAUCUACAUUCUAUCUUCAUAUUAGGUUAUUGUAACAUAUUAAAUCAGAAGGCAGUAUUUGAAGUCUUAAUUAGAACCUCAGUUACACAACACAGCUGUUAAGUUAUGAACUGGAAGUGGUCAUAAGAAUCUUCUUCCCACUUUAAUGAGCUACCAAACUGCCAUUUCAUUUCUGAAUAUCAUUUAACAUGCUAGUACUGUUUUUUUUAAGAGCUUAGUAGGAUCAGAAGAAGCUUACAUGGCAAAAUUCUAAUAUUACUUCAAUCAGGCUUUCUAGUGUAUUAUGUACAGAGGUCUUUAUUAUUAUGUUGGAUUUCAUCACUCGAUCAUUCCUUAUUCUAUGAUCAAACUGAUCUUUUCAUUUUUAAUAUUUAUCUGCCCUUUGCAUUACUGAAAGAAGGCAUAGCUACCUAGUAUUUUGUAAACUCAAGAGAGCAAGCAAACUGCAGUACUGGCAACAUAAGACUACUGACGUUAGGUAUUUUUUUCCAAGCUGUUUUUAUAGAAAAUAACUGAUUUUUUUAAAAUUCCUAUUAGAGGACAAAUAGGCAAUCGGUGUGGGACAUUUAACAAGUAUUUGUUUUGUAGCAUGCAUUACACAUGGUAUACCUGAAACACUGUGUGGUAAUUGUACAUAUUGCAACUCAUAUGCACAAGUUGCCAAAGGUUUUACUGUCCUUGACUGCACUUCUAUUUGAUAAGGCUGUGCAAAGCACCACUCUUUAGAAUUGUUAAAGCAGAAAAAUUGUUUACAAAGUUCAUGAAACCGCUUCUGCAUUCUUUAUCUAUUUAAAAAGAGGUUCUUCUACACUGCAAUCUCUUUCAGGUAGCACAGCCAUUUGUUUUCCACAGCAAUGGCUUUAAACUUGCGCUACACCCGAACAGCUCCAAAUAACUGUCAUGAUUUACCCACUGUUUAAUAAUUGCUCAUUUUUACACAGGUUUUAUGUAAAAGAUUACUCACUUUGCUAAGCAGUCACCUCUGAAGCUCACGCAAAUGAAAGAGAAUAUUCAUGAUGCUUAGCCACGAUUGUCUUAUACAAGUUAUAAAAUCCAUUGGUGGAUAAGGACAUAAGGACAGGGAACAUGUUUUUUACUGCACAAAACUCCAGCUAAACAAGAAUACUAGUGCUCAGUUAUUGCCAGAUGAUUAUUUUUUUUAAAAAUUAACUGCUGUUUCAGGCAUCUUAAUGUAGCAAUUGCAUAAACAUGCAUUUAUUUGUAAUUCAGCUAACAUGAAAAAUAAAUCAAUUUGAUCAAGUAAA